AUGACGACCACACUCAAGGCGGCGGUCUCUGGAGUCACCGCGUUGCAGCGCGCCAGUCCUGUCCUCAGGCCUCCUGGCCAUUCGAGGGCCGUGGUCGUCGCCAGGGCUCAAAAGGAGGAUGUGUCUCGACGGGAGGCCGUGAUCGGCGUGGCGGCCGCGUCAGGCCUCCUGAUCGCCUCUCCAGCACUUGCUUUCGAGUUUGGUGAAGGAGCUGCCAAGAUCUACGAAAGAGAAACCUCAACUGUCAUCGAAGCUGUGGAGAAAGUUCUGACAGUUGAAGAUGCUGCAGAAAAAGAAGCUGCCAUCGCUGACGUUCGCCUAAAGACUAACUCCUGGGUCGCCAAGUACAGGAGAGAUCAGCAAUUUGCAGGCAGGCCUUCGUACAGCAACAUGUACUCUGCACUGAAUGCACUUGCCGGCCAUUAUAACAGCUUUGGGCCUGAUGCUCCGAUCCCUAAAAAGAGACUGGAACGUGUGACGAAGGUGAGCUGCUGA